AUGGGCGCAAAAACAAAUGUAGUGCCUAUCAAAUGGAAAAUCGCCGUUACUAUAUUAUCGCUGCUCUGUUUAGGGCUGCUCAUUGCCUUGAUUGUGGUAGCAGUAGAUUUUGCUCAGUACAAAGAUAAAUACCCAGGCAAGCAAGAAGAACACGGCUGCGCAGAUGGCCUUCUGGAGGACGGAGAACUUCCGAAGUCGCAAGCCAUUUUCAAUGACCUCUCGAGCGAAGAACUAAUCGCCGUGAGGGAUUUUUUGCUUCAACAAUCUUCGCUCAAGCUGAAGACCAUGGACAAAGCUUCGGUGAAUGACAACUACAUAUAUCUAAUCCAACGAUACUUUCCCGACAAAGAUGAAGUUCUUAGAUAUCUGGAUACCGACAGCGAUCGGAAGCCACCAAGAAAAGCGCUUGUUGUUGUUUUUCAAGGUUCCGCAAACCCUCCUAAUGUUCAAGAAUAUAUUAUCAGCUGGCCAAACGACACUGCGGAAAUGACAUACGCGAAACAUGGAGACGCGCUUGAUUUUAAUGUAAGACCUUAUGAUAUGGUGCAAGAGAAGGCCAUUCAGAAGAUUGUGUACAAUGUAACAGAAAAGGCCUUCAGACUUCUGAAUGAGAGCUAUGAUGGGUAUUGCUACCAUAACUGCACAAACACACGCUUAAGGUUUCGACCACAAACUCCAUUUGGAAAAACAAGCUACGAACGCACGACUUGGCUCCAGUUUACCCGCGAAGGCUUAGUUGAAGGAACAUACCUACAUCCAGUCGAUUUUCAGCUAUACAUAGAUUUUGCAGGUGCAGACGUCUCUAAAUGGAAUAUCAAAAGAGUUUACUAUCACGGUAUGUCAUUUGACACGGUCGAUACCCUUGUACUUCAAUACGAUAAAGACAACAUUCAGAAAUCGAAUAUCCCCGCCCCGCCGACAGUUUACCAGGACGAACAGCCAUUGUUUUCCUCUUUGCAACGCCGUGGAAUCCCCCAGCCCCAGAAACCCAUGCGCGCUCCACGAAUGUUUGAGCCAGACGGAAAGAGAUUCAGUGCCAGGGAUAGCUACAUCAAAUACAUGGGCUGGAGCUUCUAUUUUCGGAUCGACUCGGUUUCGGGUCCCCAACUUUUUGAUAUUCGAUUCAGUGGCCGAAGAAUCAUUUAUGAGCUCAGCUUGCAAGAGGCAAUAUCAUUUUAUUCGGGUUUCUCUCCUUACUUCAUGGCUGCCAAUUUUGUAUAUGGCGGUUGGACGAUGGGAGCGAGGUCUAUUGAGCUGAUUGGUGGAAUUGAUUGCCCAGAAACGUCCAAAUUCUUCGACGCAAUUUAUUUUGUCGACACAGACAAACCUAAAGUCGUCAAGAAUGCGUUGUGCGUCUUUGAACAGGACAGCGGCCUUCCGCUAAGGCGUCACUUUGAAAAGGGCCGUACUCAGGAGAAGAAAGGAUACAAAUUUUACGGAGGCCUGCCUACCAAAGUACUCGUGGCUCGCACCAUCACUACCAUUGAAAAUUAUGAUGGCAUCUUUGACUUCUUGUUUUAUCAGAAUGGUGUUGUAGAAGUGAAAGCAACGCCCACCGGCUAUUUGUUAACUGACAACGACAGAUUCAACGAUGAUGACUCGUAUGGACAAAACGUUUACAGCAAACUAACUGGGAAUCUUCACGAUCAUAUCUUUCAUUACAAGGUAGAUCUAGACGUUUCCGGCACAAGAAAUUCUUUCGAAACCAUUACGAUUGGUAAGGAAGAAAAACUUAACGCCUGGCUCCCACAGGAAACAAGAAUUUUAAAAGUUUUUCGCAGAGAACAAAAUGGAAAUGAGAACGAUGCAAAGUUUAAGAAAAUCGAUUUUGACAAGCCCACCUUUUACAACGUUUACAGCAGCGAUCAAAACAAGUUUGGGUCCAAGAAAGGAUAUCUAAUCCAACCAGAGUCAGCAGUGAAACAAGUUUUACCAGAAAAUGAUUACAUCACACAAAUGGCACCAUGGUCUAUGUACCCACUCGUUAUUACAAGAUACAGGGCAACCGAGCGAAAAAGCAGUUCUCUCUACAGUCAGAACAGUCCCACCAAACCAAUUGUCAAUUUCCCAAGUUUUGACACGGACCAAAACGAGGGAAUAGUCGAAGAGGAUCUCGUCGCUUGGCUCACUAUUGGUUCGAUUCAAAUACCGACUUCCGAAGAUGUUCCGAACACCGCGUCGGUUGCAAACACGGCAAGAUUUUUCCUUCGGCCGUUUAAUUACUUCGACGAAGAUCCCUCCAUAAAUUCUACUAAUGCAGUGCUUAUUAGACCCGCUAAUCCGAAUAAUGUCGUCCUAACAUACGGAACGCCGCGUGGAGAAAACGUUUGUGUUCCCAGAAAGUAUGACAUUAACAUAAAGGGAACAUACGGGUAA